AUGGACGAGCGAACAAAGUUUGCGCAUGCUGCUGAUCUCAAGAAGUUUGCCUUCUUCGGUUAGUGAUUUAAACUUAUAAUUUAAAUAAAAUUGAAAUGCAGGAGUGGCGGUUUCGACUGUAGCCACGUUGAUCGCAAUCAUCGCGGUCCCACUCCUCUGCAUCCACAUGCAGACUGUCCACUCCGGACUCUCCGAUGAGCUUCUCUUCUGCAAGAACAAGAACGUCAACAUGAAGUGAGUUAUAAUUCGAUUAUAGAAAUAUGAAUGGAUCUGCAGGAGUGAAAUCGAGAAGCUCUCGGUUAUCCGUGAUUCUGGAAGACAGAAGCGUCAGGCCCCACACACUUGUUGCUCUUGCGGAAUCGGAGAGACCGGACCCGCUGGAGUUCCAGGACAAGAGGGAGCCCCAGGAAACGACGGAAAGCCAGGACAGCCAGGAGCUCCAGGAGCUGACGCCGAUGAGCAAGGAGUCCACUACCAGCCACCAGAGUUCUGCUUCGAUUGCCCAGUUGGACCAGCAGGACCAGUUGGAGGACCAGGACCAAAGGGACCACCAGGACCACCAGGAGGACCAGGAGAGCAGGGAGGAGCUGGACGCGGUGGAAACCGUGGACCACCAGGACCACGCGGAGGACCAGGAGAGGCUGGACCAGACGGAGAGGCCGGACGCCCAGGACAAGGUGGACAGACCCGCUCGGUUCCAUCGCCACCAGGACAGCCAGGACAGCCAGGAGAGCCAGGAGCACCAGGAGAGCCAGGACCAGACGGACGUGCUGGACAUCCAGGACGCGCUGGACCACCAGGACCACCAGGAGACAACGGAGGUCAGGGAGAGCCAGGAAAGGACGGAGAGGACGGAGAGAACGGAGCUGCUGGAGCCGCCGGACCAAAGGGAUCUUGCGACCACUGCCCACCACCACGCACUGCCCCAGGAUAUUAA